CAUGAAACGGGAGGCUACAGGCUUAUGACUUAAAAGACUUUAUUACAGAAGCUAAGGGCUCAAUACGCUUCAAUUGCCUUGUAGAAAUUUUCCAAAGUGAUUAUUUUAAUGUUUUAUAUAUCUUUGUUUUCAAAAUAAGAGAGUGAGUCGUGAAAUUAUUCUUGUCCCCCUACAGUGGAAAUGGCCUCGUCCACGUCAGUCUCAUUCCAGCUUGCGUUUCUCCCGCGCAAGCGUAGUUUGAAUCACAUGGUUGCGUGCUGAAGGCUAAGAGGUUACCGGUGGUGAUUUGGAACAUCUGUCUGGGUCUCGAAACUCGUAGCUGACCUGGAAGAUGUUGGGCUACAAGAACAUGCCCUGGCGGCGACUUCAGGGGAUUUCUUUCGGGAUGUAUUCGGCCGAAGAGCUCAAGAAAUUAAGUGUUAAAUCCAUUACGAACCCUCGGUACUUGGACAGCCUGGGGAACCCAUCCGUGAAUGGCUUGUACGACUUAGCUUUGGGCCCUGCAGAUUCCAAAGAGGUGUGCUCCACCUGCGUGCAGGACUUCAACAACUGCUGUGGUCAUCUGGGUCACAUCGAGCUCCCACUCACGGUGUACAACCCUCUCCUUUUCGAUAAACUCUACCUGUUGCUCCGGGGCUCCUGUUUGAACUGUCACAUGCUGACUUGCCCCCGGGCUGUGGUUCACCUCUUAGUUUGCCAGCUGAAGGUUCUGGAAGUUGGAGCCCUGCAAGCAGUCUACGAACUUGAGCACAUUCUGAGCAGGUUUCUGGAAGAAAACUCUGAUCCUUCUGCCUUCGAAAUUCAGGAGGAGUUAGAACAAUACACAACCAAAAUCGUACAGAACAACCUCCUGGGACCCCAGGGAGCACACGUGAAAAAUGUCUGCGAGAGCAGGAGCAAGCUCAUCGCUUACUUCUGGAAAUCACACAUGAGUGCUAAGCGGUGUCCCCACUGCAAGACCGGGCGGUCAGUCAUCCGAAAGGAGCACAACAGCAAACUGACAAUCACAUAUCCGGCCAUAGUGCACAGGAAGAGUGACCAGAAGAACACAGAGACCCUGGGAAUUGAGGAAGCUCAGCUGGGAAAACGAGGCUACUUAACACCCACCAGCGCCCGAGAACACCUCAUCGCCCUCUGGGAGAACGAAGGAUUCUUUCUGAAUUACCUUUUUUUGGGACUGGAAGAUGUUGGCAUGGAGUCCAGAUUCAAUCCCAAUAUGUUCUUUCUUGAUUUCUUGGUGGUGCCGCCCUCAAGGUAUCGUCCUGUCAAUCGCCUGGGGGACCAGAUGUUCACCAACGGCCAGACAGUGAACUUGCAGGCUGUCAUGAAGGACAUAGUUCUGAUCCGGAAGCUUCUGGCACUGAUGGCCCAAGAACAGAAGCUGCCAUGCGAGGUGGCAGCAGCUGCCGCAGAUGAGGAGAAGGACUCUUCCAUCGUGAUGGACCGCUCCUUUUUAAGUACACUUCCAGGCCAGUCCCUCACAGACAAGCUUUACAACAUUUGGAUUCGCCUUCAGAGCCACGUCAAUAUCGUGUUUGAUAGCGAAAUGGACAAACUAAUGAUGGAAAAGUACCCCGGCAUUAGACAGAUCCUGGAGAAGAAGGACGGCCUGUUCCGGAAGCACAUGAUGGGGAAGCGAGUGGACUAUGCGGCCCGCUCCGUCAUCUGCCCAGACAUGUACAUUAAUACCAACGAGAUUGGAAUUCCCAUGGUAUUUGCUACAAAACUGACCUACCCUCAGCCAGUUACCCCCUGGAAUGUUCAGGAACUGAGACAAGCAGUCAUCAACGGCCCCAACGUGCACCCGGGCGCCUCCAUGGUCAUCAACGAGGAUGGCAGCCGCACAGCCCUGAGCGCCUCGGACCUCACCCAGCGAGAAGCCGUGGCUAAACAGCUCCUCACACCGGCCACGGGGGCCCCGAAGCCCCAAGGCACGAAAAUUGUGUGCCGGCAUGUGAAGAACGGGGACAUUCUCCUGCUGAACCGACAGCCCACCCUGCACAGACCUUCCAUCCAGGCCCACCACGCCCGGAUCCUCCCAGAAGAGAAAGUCCUGCGGCUCCACUAUGCCAACUGCAAGGCCUACAACGCCGACUUUGACGGAGACGAGAUGAACGCUCACUUUCCGCAGAGUGAGCUGGGCCGGGCCGAGGCCUGCAUCCUGGCUUGCACUGAUCAGCAGUACCUCGUUCCCAAGGAUGGCCAGCCACUGGCAGGCUUGAUCCAGGAUCACAUGGUUUCGGGUGCAAGCAUGACCACUCGGGGUUGCUUCUUCACCCGGGAGCAGUAUAUGGAGCUGGUGUACCGAGGACUCACAGACAAAGUGGGGCGUGUGAAGAUCUUUCCUCCUGCCAUCCUGAAGCCCUUUCCACUGUGGACAGGAAAGCAGGUUGUGUCUACACUGCUAAUAAACAUAAUCCCAAAAGACCACAUCCCACUGAACUUAUCCGGAAAGGCCAAAAUCAGUGGGAAAGCCUGGGUGAAGGAGUCUCCUCGACCUGUUCCAGGCUUUAACCCCGACUCUAUGUGCGAGUCCCAGGUGAUCAUCAGAGAAGGUGAGCUGCUCUGCGGAGUGCUGGACAAGGCGCACUACGGGAGCUCUGCCUAUGGCCUGGUCCACUGCUGCUAUGAGAUCUAUGGGGGUGAGACCAGCGGCAAGGUUCUCACCUGCCUGGCCCGCCUCUUCACUGCCUACUUGCAGCUCUACAGAGGCUUCACCUUGGACGUAGAAGACAUUCUGGUUAAGCCAAAGGCAGAUGUCAAGAGACACAGGAUCAUCGAAGAGUCCACCCACUGUGGGCCCCAGGCCGUCAGGGCUGCAUUAAACCUGCCGGAAGCUGCGUCCUGUGAUGAAAUCCGAGGGAAGUGGCAGGAUGCCCAUCUGGGCAAAGACCAGAGGGAUUUUAAUAUGAUUGAUCUGAAGUUCAAGGAGGAAGUGAACCAUUACAGCAAUGAGAUUAACAAGGCAUGCAUGCCGUUCGGCCUGCACAGACAGUUUCCUGAGAACAACUUGCAGAUGAUGGUGCAGUCUGGAGCCAAAGGCUCAACUGUGAACACGAUGCAGAUCUCCUGCCUGCUGGGCCAGAUUGAACUGGAAGGUCGGAGACCCCCGCUGAUGGCAUCUGGCAAGUCGCUGCCCUGCUUUGAGCCGUAUGAAUUCACUCCUAGGGCUGGCGGUUUCGUCACCGGCAGGUUCCUCACUGGCAUCAGGCCUCCUGAGUUCUUCUUUCACUGCAUGGCAGGGCGGGAAGGUCUGGUGGACACCGCCGUGAAAACCAGCCGCUCUGGCUACCUCCAAAGGUGCAUCAUCAAGCACCUGGAGGGGUUGGUGGUCCAGUACGACCUGACAGUCCGCGACAGUGACGGCAGCGUGGUGCAGUUCCUCUACGGGGAAGAUGGCCUGGACAUCCCCAAGACACAGUUCCUGCAGCCCAAGCAGUUCCCCUUCCUCGCCAGCAACUGCGAGGUGAUAAUGAAGUCGAAGCAUCUCCAUGAAGUUUUAUCCAGAGCAGAUCCCCAGAAAGCUCUCCACCACUUCAGAGCCAUCAAAAAGUGGCAAAGCAAGCAUCCCAACACCCUGCUGAGAAAAGGUGCCUUCCUGAGUUAUUCCCAGAAAGUACAGGUCGCUGUGAAGGCCCUGAACCUCGACGGGGACAACCGGAACGGCCGCAGCCCCAUGACUCACGAGAUGCUGAGGAUGUGGUAUGAGUUAGACGAGCAGAGUCGAAGGAAAUACCAGAAGAAGGCAGCACCCUGUCCUGACCCCUGUCUCUCUGUCUGGCGCCCGGACAUCUACUUUGCGUCAGUGUCAGAAAUGUUUGAAAAAAAAGUGGAUGACUACAGUUGUGAGUGGGCAUCCCAGGCAGAGAAGAGUUGUGAGAAGUCACAGCUUUCACUCGAGAGGUUGAGGACCCUGCUGCAGUUGAAGUGGCAGCGCUCACUCUGUGACCCGGGCGAGGCCGUGGGCCUGCUGGCUGCCCAGAGCAUUGGGGAACCCUCCACACAGAUGACCCUGAACACCUUCCACUUCGCCGGCAGAGGCGAGAUGAACGUCACCCUGGGCAUUCCAAGGUUGAGGGAGAUUCUCAUGGUGGCCAGCGCCAACAUCAAGACGCCCAUGAUGAGCGUGCCCGUGUUCAACACCAAGAAAGCACUGAAGAGAGUGAAAAGCCUGAAGAAGCAGCUCACCAGAGUGUGCUUAGGGGAGGUGCUGCAGAAAAUAGACGUCCAGGAGUCCUUCCGUAUGGAAACAAGACAGGAGAAAUGCCGGGUGUACCAGCUGCGAUUUCAGUUCCUGCCACGUGCUUAUUACCAGCAGGAGAAGUGCCUGAGACCCGAGGACAUCCUGCACUUCAUGGAGACAAGAUUUUUUAAACUUCUGAUGGAAUCCAUCAGAAAGAAGAAUAUUAAAGCUUCAGCUUUCAGAAGUGUAAACACUCGAAGAGCUACCCAGCAGGAUCUGGACAACGCUGGGGAGUCAAGGAGGAAUCGGGAGCAGGAAAAUGACGAGGAAGAGGAGGGGCACAUUGUGGAUGCCGAAGCUGAGGAAGGGGACGCUGAUGCCUCUGACACCAAACGCAAGGAGAAGCAAGAGGAGGAGGUUGAUUAUGAGAGCGAGGAAGAGGAGGACAACGAAGUGGGGGAGAAUGAGGAUGAGGACAUGCAAGAGGAAGGGAACGUCUCUGGUGAAGGCACGCAAGAGCAGAACGAAGAGGUGGGUCCCAGCCCAGAGGAGGAUGAAGCCCUGACACGGCCACAGAAACCCACCCGUGGCCAGGGACCCCAGGGAGCCGAGGCCGCAGAGCGCCGUAUCCAGGCUGUGUGCGAGUCCCACACGUUCAUCGAGGACUACAAGUACGACACCGAGGAGAGCCUGUGGUGCGAGGUGACGGUGAAGCUCCCUCUGAUGAAGAUCAACUUUGACAUGAGCUCCCUGGUGGUGUCCUUGGCCCACAGUGCUGUCGUCCACGCGACCAAGGGCAUCACCCGCUGCCUCCUGAAUGAAACGACCAACAAGAUGAACGAGAAGGAGCUUGUGUUAAACACAGAAGGAAUCAACCUCGCCGAGCUGUUCAAGUAUGCCGAGGUUCUGGAUCUGCGCCGCCUCUAUUCCAACGACAUCCACGCAAUGGCCGACACGUACGGCAUCGAGGCGGCGCUGCGGGUGAUUGAAAAGGAGAUCAAGGACGUGUUUGCCGUGUAUGGCAUUGCAGUCGAUCCUCGCCAUCUCUCCCUGGUCGCUGAUUAUAUGUGCUUUGAGGGUGUUUACAAGCCGCUGAACCGCUUUGGGAUCCGAUCUAACUCCUCCCCUCUGCAGCAGAUGACUUUUGAAACCAGCUUCCAGUUUCUGAAACAAGCCACCAUGAUGGGGUCCCACGACGAGCUGCGGUCCCCUUCCGCCUGCCUAGUGGUUGGGAAGGUCGUCAAGGGCGGGACAGGCCUGUUUGAGCUCAAGCAGCCCUUGAGAUAGCGGCCACCAUAGCACGGCCCGUGGCCCGGAGGACCUGGGCGUGAGCGUCGCCUGGCCCGCCACUCGCAGAACGCACGAGG